GCUCGCUGUUUGCGGAAACUGACCACGCUCCCAACUUUAAAAAAGCUCGAUUCAUUCCACACUUCAGGAGCAACUCCAAACCCUCAAAAUGGCUCAGAGAGACCCUGAUGACAGAAUUGUUUAUCUGGCUUGCCAGCAUAUUUUUCGUGGCUCUAACUCCCAGAUCCGAAAGCGGAAGCCUGUGAUGACCUUGCUCCAACAGAACAAACCUGCCCUGACAGAUAUUCUCCGGGAACACAGUACUGAACGCACGUGUAAAGUUGCUAAGAGACUUCUUGAGGAUCAAGUAUUCUACUCAACAUUAAGAGCUAAGAUCCGAUUUCCCGAAUUAUUUGAUGUGUCACCUGCUCAGAGCGCUGAGCGAGAGGCUUCAGAGGCGGAGGCGGCAAGAGACGAGGCUAAGGCAGUGAGGGAAAUCUCCGAGAGGAAGACUUCACAAGGAGUCGCGAUUCAAUCCCAGGCGCGACCAGCCAACAAGGAAAGUGAUGAAAUUGAUGCCUCUGGGAUAGAAACUGGUGUUAAUAAUUUAAUCCCAUCUCUCUAUCCAGUCUACAUACAUUACCGAAGUCAACACCUCAUCACGACAAGCAUACAAAGAUUGGUGGAAGAAGCUUGUUUCGCCUACGCUCAAAACCACUUCCCGCAGCUUUUGGUAAGAAAUGGCUGGGACUGCCCAGAGGCAGGGGAACUCACUGAGUGGACUAAGCUUCUUCCCCAGUAUUUAGGUGAGAUGGCUACCAUAAAUAAAAGGAGCGAAUUAUUCCUCCUUCUCUGUGAAUUGAGACACUCUGCCGUCCACCGACUUCAAAAGACUGCUGGAGGUGUAGAGCGUCUGGCUGAAAACGCACAGCGUUUUCUUGAAGUUUUGAAUGACUCUAGUCGUUCGGAGAAGGUCUCCUUGCUUCGCAGAGAACUAAGUAUGGUGAUCGAAGAACUCAAGCGCAACAAAGACUUCCUUGAGCGAAGAUAUCUUGGAGAACUGAAGGAAAUACAGGCCAGACGUGCGGCUUUGGACAUGUGGGAACAAGAUGCAAAGAACGCCAUGAUCAACAGUGACUCACAAUGUCUGGACGACACUGACAAAAUUCUUGCAAGAGUUGUUCAAUAUCUAGGUCCAUAUGGCCCAACUAGAGAAGAUGGGAAGGGAAAGAUGCCCAUCGAGUGUCCAGAGUUAUCAGAUUCGGAAGAAGAGUUCCUGGAGAGUGUGGUAGCCAUCAACAGUUCUGACUGUCAGGCAUUGCAAGUUGCCAAAAGCAGCGAGGGUCUAUAACAAGGGACUGCAUUCUUCUUCUCAUGCUUUCUUGUGGUCAGUU